AUGUCGAACGCAUCGUGGCUCCAGAUCCCACGGGAUUCUCCAUUUUCCCUGGCCAACAUUCCCUUUGGCAUUAUCUCAACAGCGGCGCUGGCUGACCCCCGACCGGCUGUUGCCAUUGGUGACUAUGCACUGGACCUCUUCGCCUUCUCCUCUGCUGGUGGUUUCUCCAAGCUUUCCUCUUUCUCUUCACACAUCGACGUCUUCACUAAGCCCACUUUAAAUGACUUCGCCGCUCUGGGAAGACCGGUUCACCGUGAGGUCAGGGGCUACCUACAGGACAUUUUCCGCGAUUCUACCCCUUACCCAGAGAUCCUCAAAACCAACGAGGACCUCAAGGGAAAAGCUCUCGUCCCGCUGAAGGAUGUCACCAACCAUCUACCCAUGAAAAUUGGUGAUUACACUGAUUUCUAUGCUGGCCUGAACCAUGCCUUUAACGUUGGAGUUCUGUUCCGUGGGCCUGACAAUGCCCUGCAGCCAAACUACAAACACCUCCCCGUUGGAUAUCACGGCCGUGCCUCCUCCGUCAUCGUCUCUGGCCAGCCCGUCCGCAGACCAAACGGUCAGAUCCUAGCUAACCCAGCCGCCACCCCCAAGGUUCCAAUCUUCUCCCCUUGCAAGAAACUUGAUAUCGAGCUUGAAUUGGCUGUCUUUGUUGGCAAGGGGAACAAGCUAGGCGAGCCCAUCCCCAUUGACCAGGCUGAAGAUCACCUGUUUGGUGUCGUCUUGAUGAAUGACUGGUCUGCUCGUGACAUCCAGGCCUGGGAGUAUGUUCCUCUUGGACCGUUCAACGCAAAGAACUUUGCUACCUCCAUCACCCCCUGGGUUGUCCUCAUGGAUGCCCUCGAGCCUUUCCGUUCCACUGGUCUCGCUGCCGAAGAAGGUCUCGAUAAUUUGCUGCCUUAUCUGCGUGAGAAGAGAGCGGAGAACGUGUACGACAUGCAACUCCAAUUUGAUCUCAAACCAGCAAACAGCAGCUGCACCUCGACCGUGGCCAAGACCAAUGCAAAGAACUUACUCUACUCCUUUGCCCAAAUGCUUACCCACCACUCUGUCACCGGUUGCAACAUGAACACUGGUGAUUUGCUUGGCAGUGGAACCAUCUCUGGGAAGGAGACUGGCACACUUGGAAGUUUGCUCGAAAAUACUCAGGGUGGAAAGCAGCCUAUGAAGUUGUCCGAUGGCAGUGAGCGUGUCUUCCUUGAAGACGGCGAUGAGGUUACUCUCAAGGGCAUGUGUGGUGAAGAGGGAAGCUAUGUCGGGUUUGGAAACUGCACUGCUACCAUUCUCCCUGCCCACGUUAUCAACUAA